AUGCAAGCCGUCUCUCCUCUGCUUGUGCAGCGGAGGGGUGACAGGCAUCACUCGAUUGAGCCAAGCUUGUCGCAAAGCGACCCUUGGCUUCAUAGACCAGUGCCGCGACUCGGGCAUCGCGUUUGGCACACUCCGGCGUGGCAUUGGAGGUUGUCGGCAUCUUUGCUGGCGGUUGGCUUAACUUACCCGCGCGUUUCCCGAUCCGGCUGUCGGUUCCGGCGAGCAACCGCAGAGAAGGCUUUUGCGGCGCCGGUGGAUCGGCUUGUUUCCCGCUUCAAUAACUCCUUCGUCCUCUGGCUGGCUGUCGUGACACUAGUUUCUGUCACCCGUCCGGAGUCGUUCGACUGGGUGAAUCAGGAAUGGUUUACAUGGCUACUCGGCGUCCUAAUGUUCAGUGUGGGUCUGACCACAUCCAUUGACGAUUUUCGUUCGAGCAUCAGAAACUGGCUUGCAGUGGUCAUUAAUGCAGCUGCUUGCUUCGUGCUCAUGCCGGCCCUGGCAUAUUCCUUGGCGCUGCUGAUUAGGGCCGAUGCGCCAACUCUGGCUGGUUUGGUUCUGAUCGGGUCUAUCAAUGGCGGCCACACUUCCAACCUGUGCACGCUCAUAGCGAACGGAGACGUGGCCCUCAGCGUUUUGAUGACGAUGUCCACAACUCUGCUUUGCAUUGUGGCGACACCUUUGCUGGCAAAACUCCUCCUCGGGACUGUUGUUUCUGUUGAUGCUGUGGGGAUCAUCCAAUCGACCGUGAAGGUUGUGCUGGCCCCCACCAUCUUCGGGCUUGCCUUCAAGCAGUGGCUUCCAACCACCUCGGAGAAGGCGGCCAGAUUCACUCCCAUCCUGGGCGUGCUCGCAACCUGCGUCAUCGUGGGCUCCUCGGUGGCCUCCUGCCGAUCCUACAUCCUUUCGGCUGGCGUACCACUGCAACUGGCGAUCCUGAGCCUUCAUCUUCUUGGCGGCUUGUCGGGCUAUGGCCUGGCAUCGGUAGCACGGUUGAACACGGCAGCUUGUCGAACGGUAGCUAUCGAAACAUCCAUGAAGAGCAGUGCUGUGGGCUACUUGUUAGCUGUGCUCCAUUUCCAAAACUUCCUGGUCCGUGUUCCUGCUGCGGUAAGUGUCGUGUGGAGUGCUGCAGUGGGCAGCGCUUUCGCAGCGUUCUGGGGCAGAUCGAGCAUCAAACCAGAAAAGUCGAAGGACAGUGGCUAG